UGUGUUGUAUUUGUGCUUCUUACCUUACCAAUCACACAAUCUCUCCUUCUUUUGUCACACUUACAACCCAAACAAACAAAGAGAGAGAUUUCGAAGGGAGAGUGAGUGAAUGUGUGUGCAAUUCAUGGGGGUGACACACUUAAUAGAGCUCUUAACAGCAUGCUCACCUCCUGUAAAGCUAUCACUGUAUCAUGGGAGCACAGUUUUACCUUGCUUAUUAAAAAAAACUGUUGUGGCUUACAGGUCUACAAGCGCAGUUAUGAUUUAUGCAUGCGGCUUUAUGAAAAAGAACUUUUGACGGAUAGUUCAUAUCUCUACAUAUAUGGUUUGCAGGGCACUGGUUUCAAUGCCCAGCAGCUUGCGAUUGUUGCAGGACUUUGUGAAUGGAGAGAUGUUGUUGCCCGUGUCGAGGAUGAAAGUACUGUCUAUGUCUUGCCAAACAAAACUCUUCUUGAUAUUGCCAAACAGAAACCUGUCACCACCAACAUGCUACGCCAUUUGGUGAAAUCAAAGCACCCAUACGUAGAUCGCAAUCUUGGUUCCAUUGUCAGCAUCAUUAGGCAUUCAAUGCAGAAUGCUGCUGCAUUUGAAACUACUGCAGAGCUUCUAAAGGAGGUUCACGUGGAAACGGUAAGACUUGCAUAGACAAAUUAAGGUCAAAAGUCCUCCAUGAUUCUUCUAAUCAACCCUGAACAGAUUGUCAAAUUGCUAUUUUUAGUUUAGACCAUCAUGGGCAAGCCCUUGAAUGUGGGUCAUGAUAACGCUGAAAAUGAAAAAUACUAUGUGAAUUGCAGGGUGCAUUGAAUAACUUGUAUGUUUCAAUUUUAUUUAUUUAUUUAUUCAC